AUGGAGAGGAUGAUUAUUUUCUGUAUGCUCUUCUUCUGUUCCAGUAUGGUGCUGACUGCAGCUCCACCAAAAGCAAUGAAAUACAAACAGCUUGCAAAGACAAUUGACCAUCUAAAAGAUGUAGUGAAAGAUAAGGAUGUUGAAUUGCUGCAUACACCAGAAAACCCUGAGGAUGGAUGCCUGUUCACAGCUGUGACCUGCUUCCAGGAUGGCAUACUGAAAUUACAGCCAAAAAACAGCCAAGUAAAUGUUACAUUCACCAAAACUGUGAAGAUCUUGAGAAGACCCAUUUUGCCAGACUCUGGAGAGCAUUGUGAGUCUUCAUGUCAGUCUUACGAGAGAAAAAAGCCCCAAGAGUUUCUGAACAGCUUUUCAAAACUGAUGCAAAAGGUAAUCAAUUAGAUUUGGAUCCUCCUGUCUGGUUUCUGACAUUCUGUAAAUAAGCACUGAUACCUGUAUUUUCUGUUAUUCCUAACACUGCAUUUUUUUCACAGUUAUUCAAGAACUGUGGAUACACCAGAGCUGAAGGCUACUGAAAAUCUACUAUUUAAAGCAGACACUAUCUUAUUUAAGACUGUGAAAAAUGUAAAUAUUUCUCAUUGCUACUUUGCUGUGCUGUGUGUGUGGUAAGUGAAAGCUUCUCCCCAGAAUAUAAAAGAGGCUUAUUUGGAUGGCUAAGCAUAAGAAUGAUGCUGAUUUGAAAGUAAUCCUAGCCUCAUCUCACAGUGAAAUUCCAACCAGUGAAAUUCCCUGAUUUCAGAAAACAAGGCUCACUUGUGGGACUUUACUGUCACUUUACGCUGAACUAGAAAUGCAUGAGAUGGCUGCUAGUCUUUUUUUGCAUUCAUCUCAAAUGAACCUCAUACAUAAGUGACUGAAACAUUUUAUAGAAGACAGACAAAAAGUUACCAGUAUGUCUGAAGAUUCAGGUUUCUACUUGGACUGAUUUCCUUAUCUUCAACAAUAAUAC